UUGGACUGAUUCACACACUUUACUGCAUUGGUCCAUUUACCCGACCCAUCAAAAAGCACAAAGCCCAGCUUUGAAAGCACACUCCGCAGUAGUACCACAACCUAAUUCCAGCCACCAUCACACCACCACUUCCUCCGCCGUCACCACCGCCCAUCCAAAAACAAUUAACCCACUCACCUCAACUAGAAAACACUUAACCUAGCCCUAACCCCCAGAAUGGCCACACCUUCCCCCUCUCCAUCUCCACCACCACCACAAGAACCACCGCUAUCACACUCAUCGCCACCGAGAACCACCAGCAAAAAGAAACACCACCCCGUCCCCUGGAACCACCAAGAAACAGUCCACUUAAUCCAAGCUUACCAAGAAAAAUGGUACUCCUCAAAACGCGGACAACUCAAAGCCAACCAAUGGGAGGAAGUCGCCGAAACAGUCGCCGCCCGCUGCGGCUACGACGACGAUUACAAUCGCCACCCCGCUAAAACCGUCGUCCAAUGCCGCCACAAAAUGGAGAAACUCCGCAAACGUUACCGUGAAGAGACGCGCCGUUUAUCUCUCAACGGUAACUGUUUCUGGCCGUUCUUUAACCUAAUGGAUUCCUUAGAACGUGGGCCUUUGCCUAUAUCUGUACGGCCACUGGCGGUGGUAGAAGGCGACGGAUAUGGCAAAGACGGUGAAGAAGACGAUGACGAGGAGGAGGACGAGGAGGAGGAAGAGGAUGAAGAAGAACAUGGGUAUAGGAGUAGGUCCUUGAGUAUUAAUUAUAUACUGCAGAAACCUAGUUUAGUUAACAGAUUUGCAGGAGGGGGUGAUUCUAGGUUUUUACGGGCCGCGGCCGAGGUGAAUAAGCGGAAGAAGGAGGAAGUGAUUGAAGAGGAGGUGGAUGAGGAGGAAGGGAGUGGAAAGAGGGUGGAGUUGGAAUUGGCAGGGGAAAUUAGGGCGUUUACGGAGAGGAUAGUCGGAAUGGAGAGGAAGAAGAUGGAAAUGAUGAAGGAGACGGAGAGAUGGCGAAUGGAGAUGGAGAAUAAAAGAGUGGGGAUGAUUUUGGAUUCUCAGAAAAAGAUUGUUGAUAUGAUCAAUUUGGCUUUUGAUUCUCGAGAAGAUUUCAAGUGAACACGGUUUGUUUGCUAUUGUUUGCAAAAGAAAAUUUACAGUGUGUUUCGAAACAGGGUUGAGAAGGAUCGAGAAGUGUUGAGGAGAGUUUGUAAAGUUUUGGAGCUUUCAAUCCAUGUUUGAGUAAUUAGAAGACUUAAACAGAUGCUUGUGGUGAAGCACAGAAAGGAAGAGCACAGGGAACUGAUUUAGUAUUUUUGUCGGAAUCUUCCAUUAGCACGGUGAUGGUUUUAAUUUGAGAAAUGAGAAAGUCAAGGAAGCUGAGAGCAAUGAAGCAUACGGUACAUGUCGCUGGAUAAAAUUUAGCGGAAAAUACGUUCUGCAAUUUCAAUUUUUUCUCUCUUUGAUUACAAUGUGGUUCCAAGAAUAGGAUUAGGGUCCAAGAUGUGGUUUAAGUGCAAGAGAAGUACAUUUUCUUAUACCUUUACUGCAGCUCUAUCUUUCAUAGGAUUUAAUAAUUUAUUGAUGACUUCAUUUUCUAAAAUGAAUGUUGAGGCAACAAAAUCAACCGUUUUAUGUGUAUGCCU